GAGAGAUCUACAAAGAUUGAGAUUAAUAUCAGAAAAUGGCGGUUGAAGACGAUGUAUCUUCUAUAAGAACGACGACGUUAGUGGCGCCAACAAGACCCACGAUUACAGUUCCCCAAAGACCUCCGGCGAUCGAAACGGCGGCGUAUUUCUUUGGCGGUGGAGAUGGGCUUAGUCUGAGCCCAGGACCACUUUCUUUUGUCUCGUCUUUGUUCGUUGACAACUUCCCUGACGUCUUGACGCCGGAUAACCAACGGACAACGUCGUUUUCUCAGCUUCUUGCCGGAGCUAUGUCGGUUUCUCCUGGUGGUGGAGGACGUUCAACGGCGGGGAUGUUCGCCGGAGGAGGUCCGAUGUUUACAAUCCCUUCUGGUUUCAGCCCUUCUAGUCUUCUCACCUCUCCCAUGUUCUUUCCUCCUCAGGCGCCAGCUCAGACCGGCUUUGUCCACCCGCAGCCGCAGCCGCAACUGCAACCACCACGACCAGACACAUUUCCUCAUCAUAUGCCGCCAUCGACAUCCACCGCCGUCCAUGGCCGUCAAUCAUUCGAAGUGUCGACGCAAACCGAUCAAAGAGCUAGAAACCACUACAAUAAUCCGGGGAAUAAUAACAAUAAUAACCGGUCGUAUAACGUGGUGAAUGUUGAUAAACCGGCGGAUGACGGUUAUAACUGGAGGAAGUACGGACAGAAGCCGAUCAAAGGGUGUGAAUAUCCAAGGAGUUAUUACAAAUGCACACAUGUUAACUGUCCGGUUAAGAAGAAAGUUGAACGGUCAUCGGAUGGACAGAUCACUCAGAUUAUUUACAAGGGUCAACAUGAUCACGAGAGGCCUCAGAAUCGCCGUGGCGGUGGAGGCAGAGAUUCCACUGAGGUUGGUGAUAUUCAUUUCGUUGGUGGUGCAGGGCAAAUGAUGGAAUCUAGUGAUGAUAGUGGUUAUGGUAAGGAUCAUGAAGAUGAUAACAAUGAUGAUGAUGAUGACGAUGAUCUUCCGGCUUCAAAGAUAAGAAAAAUAGACGGUGUGUCGACGACUCACCGGACGGUGACCGAGCCUAAGAUUAUCGUUCAGACAAAAAGUGAAGUCGAUCUUCUCGACGAUGGCUAUAGAUGGCGCAAGUACGGACAAAAAGUUGUCAAAGGAAAUCCCCAUCCGAGGAGCUAUUAUAAAUGUACAACGCCAAAUUGUACAGUCCGUAAACAUGUAGAGAGAGCUUCAACGGAUGCUAAGGCUGUGAUUACAACUUACGAAGGUAAACACAACCACGAUGUCCCUGCCGCUAGAAACGGUACCGCCGCAGCAACCGCAGCUGCGGCUGGGACGUCUGACCACCAUCGUAUGAGAUCAAUGUCGGGGAACAAUAUGCAACAACAUAUGAGUUUUGGUAACAAUAAUAACACUGGCCAAUCUCCGCAUUCUUCUCCGGUGGGUCCUCCACGCCCUCUCCGCCGUCGCUUGGACACCACCGUUCACCGAAGUCAUCCCCAAGAUCAUCAUAACCGCCAUGUUCUUCCCGGUCCACCAUCUCACCGCCGUGUCGUCAACUCAUCUCCGAAAAAACAUCGCAACAAUGACGAUGAUGCUCCAAGAUCGAGGACGACCGGUGUUAGCCUGAGAUCGGGCUUGCCGCACAGCAAUGUAGAGGCAGAGCAGGUGGCGGCUGGUUGGCCCUCCUGGCUCAGCUCCGCCGCACCCGAGGCCGUUCAUGGGUGGGUUCCACUACGCGCCGAAGACUUCGAGAAAAGAGAGAAGAUCGGGCAAGGGACGUAUAGCAACGUGUUCCGGGCUUGUGAGGUAUCGACGGGACGAGUUAUGGCUUUAAAGAAAAUACGGGUCCAAAAUUUUGAAACUGAAAAUAUAAGAUUCAUAGCGAGAGAAAUCAUGAUUUUGAGAAGAUUAGAUCAUCCCAACAUUAUGAAACUCGAAGGGAUCAUCGCAUCAAGGAAUUCAAACAGCAUGUACUUUGUGUUUGAUUAUAUGGAACACGAUCUCGAAGGCUUAUGUUCAUCUCCCGACAUCAAAUUCACCGAGGCACAGAUCAAAUGCUACAUGAAGCAACUGCUGUGGGGAAUUCUUACCGGAAGACCACUUCUUAAAGGAAGAACAGAGAUUGAACAACUCCACAAGAUUUAUAAACUCUCUGGAUCACCGGAUGAAGAAUUCUGGGAAAAGAACAAACUUCAUCCUCAAACAAAGAUGUUUAGACCACAACAUCAAUAUGAAGGUUGUCUGCGAGAAAGAUUUGAUGAGUUUCCGAAAACCGCAAUUAAUCUUUUGGAGAGUCUAUUGUCUAUUGAUCCUGAGAAACGAGGAACUGCUUCUUCUGCUCUUAUGUCAGAGUACUUUAACACACAGCCUUACGCUUGCGAUCCAUCUACACUACCUAAGUAUCCUCCUAAUAAAGAAAUGGAUGCUAAAUACCGCGAAGAACUUCAAAGAAGGAGAAGAGUUAGUAUCAAGAAAAGAGAUAACUUGGCAACAAAGAAAUUGGGUAAAUCUCGUAGAACAGUCAAAGAGCCUACAAAUCUCAGCAGAUUACCAACGCACCAGGAAACAAAGAAGGAAGCCGAAACAGAAAUUGCUGUCCAGACGCCGUCAGAGACGUCUCAGGCGACCACACGAAGCGAGUUUCCGUACAACAGUUUGUCUCAAACCACGGCACCAGCGAGCGGGUUCGCAUGGGCAGGGACAAAGAAGAGGAAAGAAAACGACGUAGCUUCAACGCUGACUUAUAACCAGCCCGCAGGAUCUGCGAGCCACGUGAGUGGGAUGAGCAUGGCUUUUGCCAAGAACACUUUCGGGUUAACGAUAAACGAAGACAAACCGUUUCUUAGGCCGCACGUUUCUCUGGACUCUUCUGAUGUGUUGUUGUUCUCUGGCGUGAAUCACAAGAAAACAGAAGACGAUACGGAUUUGACGAAUCUUGGGGCGAAUCCGAAGAUUUUUCAAACAAAUGGGAUGAAUGAAAUAUUACGGAGGACUGAAAGUGAUGUUAGAGUUGGUGUUCGAAGACCACCACGAAUAGAGAGAGGAGAAGAUUAACUGGUAGGUAAACCACACGUUGGAAACUUUUGAAAUUCUUUUGGGCUUGUUUUUGAAUUUGUAUAGUUUUUUGGAUAUGUAACAAAUGUGUUCUUCAAACUUUCCUUAUGAGAAGAUUAAUUUGUUGAAAGUAUACACAAAUAAAUUAUUUAAAUAGGG